AUGUUUCAAAGAUUAAAAGCCAAAUUUACCAGAACACCAAGGGAUGGAAAUUCCCUAGUAGACCAUUCGAAUGAAUCAUCAAAUAAUCAAAAUACUCUACCACUACCAUCAUCAUUAACAUCACCUCGUGAACAUACAACACUAGUAAUGUCAAAUUCUAGUACUGCUAUUAUGAGUUCUGCAACAAUUAAUACUAAUUAUAAUAGUACUAAUAAUCCAUCAACACAACAUAGAAGUAUAUCGGAUAUGUUUACUGGGAAUGAAGUUGGAGCCUUUAAUACUUUUAAUAUUCAACAACAACAUGAUGCAACAAAAACUAGAUUACUAUUUGCAAAUGAUGAAAUGUCAAACGCCACCAACAAAUUUAUUGAUAAUUCCAUAACGACUACUAAAUAUACUUUCUACAACUUUUUAUUUAAGAAUUUAUAUGAACAAUUUCAUAGAUUUGCAAAUUGUUAUUUUUUAUUUAUGGCAGUUUUGCAAACUAUUCCAACAUUGUCACCAACAGGUCAAUUUACAGCAUUCUUUCCUUUAGCAUUUGUAUUGAUUUGUACAAUGAUUAAAGAUGCUUAUGAAGAUAUUAAAAGACUCUAUUCUGAUAGAGUUACAAAUAAUAGAAUUGCUCAUGUUUUGAGAGGUGACAAAUUUGAGGAUAUAUUUUGGAAAGAUGUAAAAACAGGUGAUAUUGUUAAAGUAGAUAAUAAGGAACCAUUUCCUUGUGAUUUAAUUCUUGUCUCUUCAAGUGAAUCACAAGGUUUAUGUUAUGUUGAAACUUCAAGUUUGGAUGGUGAAACUAAUUUAAAAAUUAAGAGAUGUCGUCAUGAAACUUUGGAACUUUCAACACCUGAAGCACUUGAUAAAACUAGAAUGAUUGUGGAAUGUGAAAAACCAAACAAUAGAUUAUAUAAAUUUGAAGGUACAAUGGUAUUGAGUAAUGGAAAGAAAUUAUCCAUUGAUACCGAACAAAUUUGUUUACGUGGAUCUUCAUUGAAAAAUACUGAUUUUAUGAUUGCUGUUAUGGAUAGAGAUGUAUCAGCUGAUGUUGCUGAAAAAUUCCCAGAACUUUAUUAUCAAGGUCAAAAGAAUAGAUUUUUCAAUGCUAAAGUAUUUAUAUCAUGGGUUGUUAAUUCAUUAUUCCAUUCACUUGUUUGUUUCUUUGUUCCAUAUUAUUGUUUGGUUGAUAGCAAAUUCCUUGAUGGACAUGAUAUUGAUCCAGAAACUAUUGGUAUUGUCAUUUAUUCAUGUGUACUUGUUGUAAUUUCACUUAAAUUAUGUAUUGAAACAUCAUCUUGGACAUGGGUUAAUGUUUUAAUUUAUACUGGAAGUUUAUUAUCAUGGCCUGCAUUUAUAUUUGUUUAUGGAAGUAUUUAUUACAUAUUUGGAUAUCCAUAUCCAGUUAUAUCUGAAUUUUAUGGAAUUACAGAAAGAUGGAGAAUAUUCCUAACACCACAAUUUUACAUGAUUGUUUUAUUAGUAACAUUUAUGUGUUGUAUUAGAGAUAUAUUCUGGAAAGGAUUUGUUAGAAUGCGUUCAAGAAAUGCCUAUUACCAAAUUCAAGGAAGAAAGAAAUCAAAGAAAUCAAGACAAGAAAUUUUGGAAAAUUUCCCAUUCGAAGAAGGUUUACCUGUCAAGAUGAAGAAAAAGAAAAAGUUCAAUGUCGUAGAAUUACAAGAAAUUAAGAAGGUAUUCGAAACUGCUGUUACAAGUGUUGCUAAAUUUAAUUAUCGUGGAUUUGCAUUCUCACAAACUGAACAACAAGGUGAUUUCUUAAAACAAUAUUAUAAUGGUACAAGUAGUACAAAUAAUAAUAAUAAUGGAAAUAAUACAAAUACUACUAAUAAUACUACGACUACUACGACUACUAGUAAUACAGGAAUGAAUACGCUGCCUAAUAGUGCAAAUGAUAAUGUUAUUAUCAAUAUCUCUAAUGAUGAUAUAAUUACAUCAAAAGAAGAAUAA